ACAACUCUCCGCCCUGCCAGCAUUAGAGUAGAGACCCGCUCUUCCUCCCCUAGGUUCAACUAGCCUGAACUGAGGAUCCCCGGAUUUGUGGGCUGGUGAGUCGACUGCUGCCUCUUGUCCUCUCUCCUGACUCCUGGAUCCUCAUGUAAUUACUGAUUUCAUGCACAGUAGAAAGACAAGGCACUGGCCCUGAGUUAACCUGCUUGCUCCCGGCAGAACGGUAUCAUUUGAUGCUCACUAUCAUGGAUCCUCUCCUAGAAGCAAAUGUCACCUUUGCCUUAAAUCUUUUGAAAAUCCUGGGUGAAGACAGCUCUAAAAAUGUGUUUUUCUCACCCAUGAGCAUCUCCUCAUGCCUGGCCAUGGUCUUCAUGGGGGCAAAGGGAAACACUGCAAGCCAGAUGGCUCAGGCACUCUCUUUGGAUAAAUGCAGUGGCAAUGGAGGUGGAGAUGUCCACCAGGGCUUCCAGUCACUUCUCACCGAAGUGAACAAGACUGGCACACGGUACUUGCUCAAAACAGCCAACAGGAUCUUCGGGGAAAAGACUCUUGAUAUCUUAGCAUCUUUUAAAGAUUCGUGCCGCAAGUUCUACGAAGCAGAGAUGGAAGAGCUGGACUUUAAGGGUGAUACAGAGCAGUCCCGACAGCACAUCAACACCUGGGUCGCGAAAAAGACAGAAGAUAAAAUUACAGAGCUGCUGUCUCCAGGCACAGUGAAUUCAGACACUCUGCUCAUCCUUGUAAAUGCCAUCUAUUUCAAAGGAAACUGGGAGAAGCAGUUUGACAAAGAGGACACCCAGGAGAUGCCUUUCAAAGUCACCAUGAAUGAGGAGAAACCUGUGCAGAUGAUGUUUAAGAAGUCUUCCUUUAAGAUGACCUACGUGGAAGAGAUAUCCACUGCAAUUCUGUUGCUUCCCUAUGCUGGCAAUGAGCUGAACAUGAUCAUCAUGCUUCCAGAUGAGCACGUUGAACUGAAAAUGGUGGAAAAGGAAAUAACUUAUGAAAAUUUCAUAGAGUGGACGAGGCUGGACAAGAUGGAUGAAGAAGAGGUGGAGGUUUUCCUCCCACGGUUUAAACUGGAGGAGAAUUAUGACAUGGAGGACUUCCUGUGCAAGCUGGGAAUGACGGAUGCCUUUGAAGACAGGGCAGACUUUUCUGGAAUAUCAUCCAAGCAUGGUUUGUCUCUGUCCAAGGUUGUGCAUAAGUCCUUUGUGGAGGUCAAUGAGGAGGGCACAGAGGCUGCGGCUGCCACCUCCAGUGUAGUUUAUAAGUGUAUGCCCCCCUACUUCUGUGCCGACCACCCCUUCCUUUUCUUUAUCCAGCAUUGCAAGACAAGGGGGAUUCUGUUCUGUGGCCGGUUCUCCUCUCCUUGAGAGAGGGUGCUGCUGAGUCAGCCCACUACCUUUGCCCAGUCCCUCUCCCAUGAUUCAUGAUUUAUCUGUGGAUUAAUAAAUGUUGUGACAAGUCUGUGCUUGGUGGCACAUACCUGUAAAUCCAGCACUUAGCUGAUGAAGUUGAAAUGAUUAGAAGUCAAGCAAAGGCGGUCUUGUGUAUAUAGCAAAUUCAAAGCAAGCCUGGGCUACAUGAGACCAUUAAAAACGAACAAACAUGGAAAAACAAAUUAAGAUGAAACAAAAAGAUAAGAAAAUAUCUGAUUCUGGACGCUUUAUACAAAAGAAGUGAUUAGUUCAUGGUUCUGGAAGCUGCAGAACAUAGGGCUUCUGUAUGGCUUUAGUGACACCCCCUAGUGGAUGGCACUGGAACAACAGUAUGUGAGAUUCAGAUUUGUUACUAACAAAUCUUUAGAACCCCAUCACUCAUUCUCAUUCUCUGUCUCUCUCUGUCUCUGUCUCUCUGUCUCUGUCUCUCACUCUCUUUCAUUUGUAUUUUAACAAAUAAACUUUGCCAGAAGUUUAGAAAGUAAAACAGCCACACAGGUCAGCCUUAUAGACCAGGCAGUGGUGACACACAGCUUUAACCCCAGUAGCCACACUACUUUGCCAUAGAAGCCGUGCUGUAGUGGUGUACACCCUUAAUCCCAGCACUAGAGAGGAAUAUAAACUGGGAGAGACAGCUCUCAGACACAGUCUUAUUUUGAGAUUCUUGAAGGCAGGAUUAUUAUUUCAGACUGAGGCAGAGGUAAGAGCCAGUAGCUGACUGUUUUGCUUUUCUGACCUUCAGGUUGAACCCCAAUUUCUGUGUCUGAGUUUUUAU